AUGUCAACACCACAACAGGCCCUCAAAAUAAAAAGAAUCAUAUGGACGGGGGCAAUUGCAUCGGUUACCGUUGUUGGCACAAUAUAUGGUGCUGGGCUAAAGACACGGGGAGAACAUAAACAGCAAGUCCGCAAAAUUCGCGAAGCAACAAUUCCAGAACGAAUCGCACAUCUAGAAGAGCAAAGAGGGGUAUUGGUUGGAAAGAGGAUGGGCUUGGAGAAGAAAAUUGAAGAGGCGCGCAUGAGGAGAAAUGGAGCGACGGUGGAAGAGAGUACAAGGGGAAUGGAGAGGAAGAGGGGCGAGGCUGUGAAACCGACGAUGGAGCCACAGACGCCGCGGAUUACUGUGGAGGAUAAUUUGAGGGUUGUGGGGAUAGAAGCGGAAGUUGAGGAGGGGAAGAAGGGGAGGGAAAGGAAGAGAGGGUGGUGGUGA